UUUAAACUCUUGUCCUUCUCAGUGAUGGCGGCUUCGUUUGGGUCUCUCCCUGCCAGCAGUAACAACAAAUUUUACUUCACCCGACAACAGAUCGAGAACAGUCCAUCUCGGAGAGCAGGACUGGACCCGGAUAAGGAGCUGUCCUACAGACAACAGGCGGCGAACCUGCUGCAGGACAUGGGCCAGCGGCUCAAUGUAUCCCAACUCACCAUCAACACAGCGAUUGUGUACAUGCAUCGGUUUUACAUGGUCCAGUCUUUCACCAGAUUCCACAGGAACGUUAUUUCUCCGGCCGCUCUGUUCCUCGCUGCCAAGGUGGAGGAGCAGCCCCGGAAGCUGGAGCAUGUCAUCAAGGUGGCCCACGCCUGUCUCAACCCUCAGGAACCGUCUCCAGAUGUGCGCAGUGAUGCUUACCUGCAACAAGCCCAAGACCUGGUCAUUCUUGAGAGCAUAAUUCUCCAGACCCUGGCUUUUGAGAUCACAAUUGAUCAUCCUCACACUCACGUUGUCAAGUGCACGCAGCUCGUUAGAGCCAGUAAAGAUCUGGCACAAACAUCAUACUUUAUGGCAACCAACAGUCUGCACCUGACCACCUUCUGCCUUCAGUAUAGUCCGCCUGUUGUGGCCUGUGUGUGCAUCCAUCUCGCCUGCAAAUGGUCCAACUGGGAAAUCCCAGUGUCUACGGAUGGCAAACACUGGUGGGAGUACGUCGAUUCCACUGUUACCCUCGAGCUGCUAGACGAGCUCACGCACGAGUUCCUUCAAAUCCUGGAGAAAACACCCAGUCGACUGAAACGCAUUCGCAACUGGAAGGCUGGAGGUCAAACACCAAAGGUCAAGCCAAAGGUUCAAGAAGAGGGCGAUCAGAGGGACACAAUAAUCAACAUGAUCUCUAUGGCCUCAUCAGAGAGUACUGUGGCAGGUCUUAUGAGCCUCUCAGCUCCACCAUCUACCUCCUCUUCCUCGUCCAUGGGUGACAAGGAUAGGGGAGCGCCUGGUGGUGCUCAGACGUGGAGCGGAAAAGGCCAGGCUGGAACUGAGCAGCAACAGCAGCAGCCCAAUAAUGAGGUCCACACCCCAGCCCCAGCCAAAGUAUCACUGAGUGAGUAUCGUGUGAAGAAUGCUGAUGUCCUGGCAGCGCAGAAGAGGAAGCUUGAGAACAUGGAGGCCAGCGUGAAAAGAGAAUAUGCUAAUGCAGCCCAGGCUCUCAUUGGCCAGCAGCAGCGGAAGGAGAAGCAGCAGCAUCAUCACCAGCCGUCCAGCUCCUCUUCCACCGCUGACAUUAACCCCUCACCCAUUAUUCUUAAAAUUCCCUUAGAAAAGGAGAGGUACGACCGGGCUCUGAAACUGCGUUUCCCAGCAGCUGGGGGUGGCAGCAGUAGCGGGCACGGUGACGCUGCCCGGGGUCAGGACUCAGACAUUAAAGUGAGAAUACGAGUGCCUGAAAAGCAAAAGGGAAUUUCAGGAGAGGAGGGAAAGAGCAGAGACAAACACAGGGACAGGGCCAACCAUCACCACCACCAUCGUCACCAUCACCACCAUUCCUCCUCCACUGGUGCUUCUCUUUCCUCCUCUUCACACAAACAUUCAUCUAGUUCCAGUGGGGUGCCAGGAAGCAGCAGAAAAGCCCCGAGCGAGUCCUCUAGAUCGGGCUCUUCAUCCUCCUCCUCGUCCCGAAAGAGGACACACACCCAAGAUCCCAUAGCAGGCUCCCACCCAGCUCCUAAAGUCAGCAAGGCCUCUAGAAAUCCCUACCAGUUACCGUCCCUGUCUUCCUCCUCUGGACAAAAUGUGGGUCACGGUCCUGACCUUCUGCCUUCUCUGGGCCUUCCCCACAACCAAGGAACCUUUUCACACUCUAAAAGUGACAAGACAGACACUAACGGGCACGGCUCGGCAGGGGGAGGCCAGUCCAACGAGUACCAGGAUACUUUUGAAAUGCUGAACUCGUUACUGAGCGCACAGGGAGUCCAGCCGUCCCAGCCGUCCAUGUUUGAGUACAGGUCUCAGUACGGGGACUACCGGUAUGCUGGUGGCUCCAGAGGGAACAACUCCAGACCCCCACCUCUACCUUCAGAACCACCUCCCCCUCUUCCACCGUUACCCAAAUAAUCUGGUGGUCAGGACCCAUUAUUAUGUGCUGUACUUGAAAUUUCAAACACCCAUUUUGUUACAUAACACUUUGUACAAUAUUCCUUUUUUAUUUUUAUGAAUAUACUCGCCUAACACUUUGGUAGGUGAAGGUGGAGAAAUGUACUGGAAUAGAUGUGGGUUUUUUUUUUUUUACAGUUUACUUGUGAGGCAAUAAUGAGGUUUGUAGACCUAAAAUUUGAGACACAAAAGGCUUCAAGAAAAAUCUAGAUGUUUUUCUUCUCAAUUCCAAUGAAAUGUGAUGGUGGGGAUUCAUUCAGAAUGAAAUUAUGUUGACUUAACAGAUCUGAACUGCCAUCCGGUACCUUUAUAGGUUUCUGAACUGUUUUUGUAAUGAUUUUAUAGUAUGUUAUUUAUUGAGUGGUUUUAAAAUAACCUAGUCUACCUUUUGAAGGUUUCCUUGUGUUCUGUAGGCAGAGGGAAAUGUUUUCAUCAAGACUGUACAGGCUAGUUUGACAGUGCACGUCUCCAAAGCCAUCUUUUUGUUACUUUGUUUAAAAGAAGAAGAAAAAGUUUUAUUCACUGCAUUAUUUGGUUAACCUGUACAAAGAUUGUAUUUUAAAAGUUAAAAGCAAAAAUAUUUUUUACCUUUUUGUUAAUGACAAUUACAAAAAAAGGCAAUUUAAGUAAGCAAGCUUGUAUGUUUCUCUUUGGACUCUGAGUGUUGCAGUCAUUGUUUUAAAUGGUUGUAAAAUAUCAUAUUCUGUUCUUUGGCAAAUACACUAGCUUCAUUCAUCAGAUCCAUGUUCAAAAAUCUCAACAUAUCAACCCCAAGUGGUCAUUAUGAAGGACUUGUGUUCAAAAAGAAAACCUUUGUCUUUAGGAACAAAAUGAGCGUUCUGUGAUGUCACCAGGUGAUCGAGCAAAUGGAACUGAACUGAAUUUAUGAACGACUUGAUCUCUUGCAGUGAGUGCUCCUUGUGAGCCAAACAAACCUGUGUCGUGGGUUUUGGUCACCUGUUACGUCUCAGUAUGCAAAGGAAUAACACAGUAUCAUGAAUGAGACAUGGAGUUUUAGGAUGUUUAAAUUUCUCAUAUAUAAUCACAGUAUAGUUUCAUAUUAAAAAAGUGUUGGAUUUUAAUCUUCAGAUUGUUUAUAAUUCAUGGUUUGACCAUCAGUUCUUGCAAAAACCUUUCCAUUUUUGUAUGAUCAAGCAAAAUCCUAGAUGGCAUGCAAGCUAUCAGUAGAUCAUCUUGAGCAUGAUAUAUUUGAGUAAAAUCGCUGAAGAGGUUGUAUGUCGGCAAGACAAUUGGGUAUCACCUGUACAUUUCAGUCAUUUAAUUUUUAUAUGGGUUUGAUUGUAUAAUCACUGCUCUUAAUCUACCAUUCUUUCAUUUUAUUAUUUUGAACCUAAAAUGGUUGUAAGCAAUUUACAGCAAUGCAGUACAAGAAAUCAGCCAUACAAUUGCAUCUUUUACUCCCGUGAUAAAUGGAACAUGUGCUGCAAAAGAAAGGUUUGCUCAACAGUUUAGUUGUAGCUGUUCAGUUUUUGGUUGUAACAGGGAAAUGGUUGAAUGCACUGAAUAUUUAUCUUUGUAGGUUUGCCUACAAUGUCAAAGUGUUAACAUGUAUACUGGUUAAACCUUUAGAGUAGUUUUGAAAUAUUGUCUAUUUCCAAAACACAAGAUGACUGGGCAGAAAAAAAUCGAAGUAUUAAUGUUCUUUGGGAAGAUUAUGAAAAAUCAUUUUUAUAAUAGGACCAUAUAUAAGAAACAACAAAAGACACUCAUGCAACCUAACAAUGCAAAAAUCACAUUUACAAUAGCUAAAGUUUCACGUUUCUUCUUGUCUUGGUGUUUUUAUUGACACUCAGGUCUGUUUUAUUUUUCAUUUGUUCUAUGUGAACACUGUUCAUUUUUAUAAU